AUGCUCGAAGGGAAGACUGAAUUUUUGGGGAAAGGUUACUGGAGAGAGGUCCGGCUGGCCACGUACCAAGGACAAGACGUGGCAAUCAAGACGCUGAGGGACGACCAGGAGGAGACGGACCGAAACAAGGAGCGGCAUCGCUGGGAAGCUGUGGCGCUAGACCUGGUCAGCGACCACCCGAACAUCGUCCACCUCCUGGGACUCUGCGAGUGCGACAUGAUCACGGAGUACUUCCCGUACUACAUGGACGUCCUGCUGAUGGGAGAUGACUCCAGCUCGGAAGAGCUGGUUGAGCUCUCCAUCGGGGAGAUCAUUCGGAUGGCGCUGCAGGCCGCGAGAGGGAUACAGGCCCUGCACGAGAUGCCCGGGGGCCCCGUGGUUCACGCGGACCUGCAGCCCCGGCAGCUCUUGCUGGACGAGAACGGCGUCGUCAAGGUGAACGAUCUCAACCGCUGCCGGUUUAUGGCAAGGGACUCUAGUGGAGAACCGUGUCCCUUCUAUAUCAGCAAGGGGAACGGAGUCUGGCGCUCGCCGGAGGAGUACGCGGGAGAGGGCCUCACCGAGAAGCUGGACAUCUACAGCUUGGGGAACAUCUUCUGGGCCAUGCUUGGGAGAAAGCCGCCGUUCAAGCGGGACGACAAGUACAAGGCGAGGGUCCUCAGGGGGGAACGCCCAAAGGUGGACCCUUCGUGGCAUCCGGAGUUUGUGCAGCUCUUCACGGACAUGUGGAAAAGGGACCCAAGGGAGAGACCCAAUGCACGAGAGGUAGUGCUCCGCUUGGAGAUGAUGUACGCACAACUGCCUCCGGAGAGCGAGAGCGACUAGAAAUGUUAGAGCGCGCGACAGGAGAAGCAGCUGCGUAGGGAGGUUAGCAGCUUCGACGUUACCGAGUCGUUUAAAUUUGUGAUGAACAAGUGUUGGAAGGAUGGCUCGCCUCGAGCUUGUACUAUUAUGGAACAUUUUGUAAUAUUAUGGAAGAAAAUCGAGCUUUUUAAACGAUGUCAUGAGCUGUCUGCAUCAUUCUAGAUUUUUCCAUGCUGGUGAUUCAUGGAGCAUCCCUCACGGGGGGUUUAUGCGGUUGUUCCAUGCGAGUUCCACAAGAAGACUAUGCCGUAGUUUUACGGCUCGUGGUAUAUUUGAGUUUUCUGCUUCCCCGUAUCUUCAGUACACCCGCUUAGAUGCUCCGAAAACGAAACAUUCCCUUGCGAGUCGGCAACGCGUGUGUCGCUAGCCUGACGCACGGGC